CCGCUACCCCGACAUCUUCAUGCGGGAGGAGGUGGCCCUGAAAAUCAACCUGCCCGAGUCCAGAGUGCAGGUGUGGUUUAAGAACCGCCGGGCCAAGUGCCGGCAGCAGCAGCAGCAGCAGCAGAACGGGGGCCAGAACAAGGUGCGGCCGGCUAAGAAGAAGAAUUCUCCAGCCCGGGAAGUGAGCUCGGAGAGCGGGACCAGCGGGCAGUUCACUCCCCCCUCCAGCACCUCCGUCCCCACCAUUUCCAGCAGCAGCGCCCCCGUGUCCAUCUGGAGCCCGGCGUCCAUCUCCCCGCUCUCUGACCCGCUGUCCACCUCUUCCUCCUGCAUGCAGAGAUCCUAUCCCAUGACCUACACCCAGGCUUCGGGCUACAGCCAAGGAUACGCUGGAUCGACCUCCUAUUUCGGAGGGAUGGACUGUGGAUCUUACUUGACCCCUAUGCACCACCAGCUGCCCGGGCCGGGGGCCACCCUGAGUCCCAUGGGUGCCAACGCGGUCACCAGCCACCUCAACCAGUCUCCAGCCUCCCUCUCCACCCAGGGCUAUGGAGCCUCCAGUUUGGGCUUUAACUCCACCACCGAUUGCUUGGAUUAUAAAGACCAAACGGCCUCCUGGAAGUUAAACUUCAAUGCUGACUGCUUGGAUUAUAAGGACCAGACGUCGUCAUGGAAGUUCCAGGUUUUGUGAAGAACCUUUGUGGUACCCCGGAGAAACCGCGGCGAGAACGAACAGGCUGGGCUGAGCGCUCCAGUUUUAGUCAGGUCUUGGUUAAAUUAAAGAGAAAAAUAACUCCACGGACAAACAAAUGAACAAAAAAAAAAAAAACUGAUGGCAACAAGAGGGGGACAGUGUUGGUGUGAUCCCGUUCAGACUCAUCUCCUGCUCAGACGCUCUGGAAAAGGAAUAAUAAAGAGGAAAAACGGAGGAGGAAGGCCUUAAACGGACAGAUCAUCUAGUGAGCAGAAACCAGACAGACCCAUCUGUGUUCUUUCUAGUUUUAGCCAAUUGUUGGGUUUCUUUGUUUGGAAGAGGUGGGAGAUCUUCCCACCUGCGGGCCAGUUUUAAAGAAAAAAAAAAAAAAAAAAGAGUCUAGGUUUUUAUUUCUUUUUUUGUGUGUGCGUGGAAAGAUGAUCCUUCACCCAGAGGUUUCCAAUGUGUUAGCCAACCCUCGGUUAAAAUAUUCAGAAUGGACAACAUCUCUCUUUUUCUCUCUCUUUUUGUCCCUCCCUCUUUCUUUCUCUCUCUCUCGAGCUCAUCCAACUGUUUCAUGCCCAACUUGCUGAAGUUGGCACCCGGAGAACUUGGUUCAGGGCUGUGUGGGUUGUGUGACUGAUUGUCCUAGCUGCACUACUUUAUUUAAAGAUUAAGAAAAAAAAAAGAUAAUGUUCAUAAGGAGUCAAUAUGUAGUUUUUAAGAGACAAUCAGUGUGUGUCUUAUAUAAAUGGUACAUCUGUGGUUUUUAAUCUGUGCUAGACUUCAAAACUGUGAUCUCCUGUAUUGUAUGCAACUAUGAACUCUGCACCAGCGGGAGUUCUGCUGUGAUUUAAAUAGGUUAUAAUUAUAAGUGAAAUUCAGAGCAACUGAGUUACCUAUUAUCAUCUUUAAAAAAAAAAGUAAUUAAAAAUAUAUAUUUAAAAAAUAAUAAAAAAGAAAAUAAAAAGAAAAAACGCAAAAAACACUAUCGCCUUUCACCCGAGGUGAACUGCACUGAAACUUUUACAACAAACUGUCUCUGAAUGAAAGAGGAAAGACCGAAAAUACCCCACCUGAGGACAUUUAACUCCUCUGGAGCUCACUUACUGCUGGCCACGCCGGCAGUAACCGGCAAAUCCGACAGGACUUUGGGCAGUUGCUCUGACCUGGAUGAAUUCAAACCAAGAAAUUCAUUGUCGUUUAUGCUUGCAGAUGUUAACUGAAAAAAAAGAAAAAAAAAAGAUAUAUAUGCAUAAACCUUUUUUUUUUUUUUUCCUGGAUUUGGCAGAUAUGUAUAAUUAUAUUAAAAUGGUUCUAGCACA